CGCGCCGGCUCCGGGCCCGCCUCCCCGCGGGAUUGGAGGCCCGCGGCCCCGCCCGGCCCUGCGAAGCUGGCGGGAGACGUCGCGCGGUCUGGCGGCGAGGACGCGGAGGGCCUGGUUAACCUUCUCUCUUCCCCGGGUCCUGGAGGUCGCGUCGGGACCCCACACUUCCGCGCCCCGCGCUCCGCGCUCCGCCUGCCCGGCCUGCGUGGCGCCCCAGCCCGGGGAGGAGCUGCGGUCGGAGAGAGAGACGCCGGGGCCUCCGGGCCGCGCCCCAGCCCCGGACGGGCAGCGGUCCCUGCUUUCGCGAAGUGAUGCCACCAAGAAGAAAAGAGAAAUACAGACUUCCUGUUCCACUUCCAGAAGGCAAGGUCCUGGAUGAUAUGGAAGGAAAACAGUGGGUGCUGGGCAAGAUGAUUGGCUCUGGAGGAUUUGGUUUGAUAUAUAUAGCUUUCCCCAUAAAUAACCCAGAUAAAGAUGCAAGACAUGUAAUAAAAGUGGAAUAUCAAGAAAAUGGCCCAUUAUUUUCAGAGCUUAAAUUUUAUCAAAGAGUGGCAAAAAAAGACUGUAUCAAAAAAUGGAUAGAACUCAAACAGCUUGAUUAUUUAGGAAUUCCUCAGUUUUAUGGAUCUGGUAUUACUGAAUUCAAGGGAAAAAGUUACAGAUUUAUGGUAAUGGAAAGACUGGGAAUAGAUUUGCAGAAGAUCUCAGACCAGAAUGGUACUUUUAAAAAGUCAACUGUCCUGCAGCUAGGUAUCCGAAUGUUGGAUGUACUGGAAUAUAUACAUGAAAAUGAAUAUGUUCAUGCUGAUAUAAAAGCAGCGAAUCUACUUUUGGGUUACAGAAAUCCACAUCAGGUUUAUCUUGCAGAUUAUGGACUUUCCUACAGAUAUUGUCCCAAUGGGAACCACAAACAGUAUCAGGAAAAUCCUAGAAAAAGCCAUAAUGGGACAAUAGAGUUUACCAGCUUGGAUGCCCACAAGGGAGUAGCCCUGUCCAGACGCGGUGACCUUGAAAUCCUCGGUUACUGCCUGCUGCGGUGGUUAUGUGGGAGAUUGCCCUGGGAACAGAACCUGGAGGACCCUGUGGCUGUCCAGGCUGCUAAAACAAAUCUGUUGGAUGAGCUGCCUGAGUCGGUGCUUAAAUGGGCUCCUUCCGGAAGCAGUUGCCGUAAGUCAGGUGAAAUAGCCCAGUAUUUGGUAUGUGCUCAUAAUUUAGCAUAUGAUGAAAAGCCAGACUAUCAAAUGCUCAGGAAAAUUCUGAACCCAAGUGGAAUACCUUUAGGACCACUGGAAUUUUCCCCUGAAGGAGAGAGCUUAAAUGUGCGUACUCCAAAUAAUCAAAAGGUUGAUUCACGAAAGGUUGCAACAAAGCAAGUCAAUCAGAUGCAAAAUAGGUUACUAGAAAAAAAAGGCCCCAGUGAGAGAAGUGCUGAGUCCUGUGCAACGUGGAGAAAAGUGCAAGAGGAGGAGAAGCUGACUGGGUUGUUUAACAGUGAAACAGCGCAGGAAAGCACAAGGAGAAGACAAAAAUAUUGUGAGUCUCAAGAAUUUCUGAAUGAAGUAAAAAGUUCUCCACAAAAAUUCAGCAGUAUACAGUUCCCCAGUUCAUUUUAUGAACCCCAUCAAGAUUUUACCAGCCCAGAUAUGUUCAACAAGUCAAGCUCUCCAUCUUGGUACACAUACACUUCUACAACUGGUAUGGAGGUCACAGAAUUAGACAGUUCUACAGGAUUUUGGCUUACAAUUUCCCAGUUUACUCUUAGUGAAGAGAUAAAGGCAGAUGUUUAUUAUUAUGGCUUCACCAUUCUUCUUCUUUUGAUAUUAGUAUGUCUUGCUUUAUAUUUUCUCUAAAGAUAUCAAAUAAAAUCCUUUUGAUAA